GCUGAUGUCCUCUCUCGUGCACUCAGCCAACCCCUGCUGCUGCUGUUGUAAGGUAAAGCUGGCGGUAUCCUAGUGUACCCUUGUUAAGGAUCCGCCGCCGAAAGAACCCGGUUUGCAGACAUCGGAUCUUCCAGAAAUAAUUAUUUUAUGCGUCGGGGAGAUUUCCUACCCAAAUUACGCAUGGAAUGGUUUUGGGGGGAUUGGAGUAGAAAUGCAGCGCCGCACUUCCAGCCCACAACAAGAACCAUGCCCAGCUUACACUGCAAGCAAAUUUAUGACAUCCUGUUUUAUCCUUUACGACUUUGAUAUGAGUGAAUUUUACUUGGAUAGUCACCAGGAGUGAAGAAAAAGAAACGCAUCGCACAGAGCUGAAGGACGCUGUAUUCGCCGCAGACGUUUGUGUGCCGAGAAACCUCUACGUUUAGGAUUUUUUUUCUUUUUCUCUUUUUUUUUCUUUUUGAUGGAGCUGGAGAACAUAGUAGCCAACACUGUACUGCUAAAAGCCAGAGAGGGUGGAGGAGGGAAAAGGAAAGGAAGGAGCAAAAAAUGGAAGGAGAUCCUUCGUUUUCCCCAUAUAAGCCAGUGUACUGAACUGGGAAACAGCAUCGACAGGGAAUAUUUCAGCAUCUGCGAGAAACAGCCUAUCGGACGACUUCUCUUCCGUCUUUUCUGCGAGACCAGACCGAAACUCCAGCGAUGCAUCCAGCUGCUGGAUGCGAUGGAAGACUACGAGGUAACACCUGAUGAAAAAAGAAAAAGCAGAGGGUGCCAGAUCAUCAAGGCCUUUCUAUCAGAAAAUUCACCUCAGCGUGUAGACAUAGCGGAGGUUUUUGCAGACCAGUGCAGAGAGAACCUCGAGCUGAGUCCAUGUAAGGAGAUCUUCAGCAACUGCCGCAAGGCUGUCCAUGACUACCUGAGUGGAGCUCCGUUUGCAGACUACCAGAACAGCAUGUACUUUGACCGCUUUCUACAGUGGAAGAUGCUGGAGAGGCAACCAAUCACUAAGGACACGUUCAGACAGUACCGAGUGCUGGGAAAGGGGGGAUUUGGAGAGGUAUGUGCCUGCCAGGUUCGAGCAACGGGGAAGAUGUACGCCUGCAAGAAGCUUGAGAAGAAGAGGAUAAAGAAGAGGAAAGGAGAGUCCAUGGCUCUCAACGAGAAGCAGAUUUUAGAGAAAGUCAACAGUAGAUUUGUCGUGAGCUUAGCGUACGCGUAUGAGACCAAAGACGCCCUGUGUCUGGUGCUGACCAUCAUGAACGGCGGCGACCUGAAGUUUCACAUCUACAACAUGGGCACGCCUGGCUUCGACAAAGACAGGGUCCAGUUUUACGCUGCUCAAAUCUGCUGCGGUCUCGAGCAUUUGCACAGGGAAUCGAUCGUCUACAGGGAUUUGAAACCUGAGAAUAUCCUAUUAGAUGACAACGGACACAUUCGCAUUUCUGACUUGGGGCUGGCUAUCAAAGUGCCUGAUGGAGAACUCAUUAGAGGCAGAGUGGGGACAGUAGGCUACAUGGCUCCGGAGGUGAUAAAUAACGAAAAGUACGCCAUGAGUCCUGAUUGGUGGGGACUGGGCUGCCUCAUUUACGAGAUGACCGCCGGGCGAUCGCCCUUCCGCGCCCGCAAAGAGCGAGUGAAACGGGAGGAAGUGGAGAGGAGGGUGCAGGACGAAGAGGAGGAGUACAACGACAAGUUUACAGAGGACACCAAGGCCAUCUGUAGAAUGCUGCUCACCAAAGACCCUAAGCAGAGGCUGGGGUGCAAGGCGGAUGGAGCAGCAGGCGUCAAGGCCCACUCGUUCUUCAAAAACAUCAACUUCAAGAGGAUGGAGGCUGGAAUGGUGGAGCCUCCCUUUGUGCCUGAUCCUCGGGCAGUGUACUGUAAGGAUGUUUUGGACAUAGAGCAGUUCUCCACAGUCAAGGGAGUCAAUUUGGACCAAACAGACAAUGACUUCUACUCCAAAUUCUCUACAGGCAGCGUUUCCAUCCCGUGGCAGAAUGAGAUGAUAGAAACCGAGUGUUUCAGAGAUUUGAAUGUGUUUGGGCCACAUGGAAUGAGAUCUCCAGAUUUGGACUGGAACCAGCCGCCAGAGCCACCUCGACGCAGCCUGCUGGACAGGAUCUUCAGGAGGCAUCACCCAGAGGUGUCCAUUUCCAACAGCCGUGUGCAGUCUUCCAGCGUAAACUCUGUGGACUCCAUGUCCAACUCUGCCCCCUAGUGGCAUCGUGUCUGUGUGGGCGCCCCACAUACACAAACACAGAACACAUACACACACACACAUAUACCGUGCAAAGGGAAGGAGCUACCGAGGGCUUCCCUCCUGCUGACUGGUCCACUGCUGGGGCCUGAGCAACAGCCGGUCUAAAAAGCCUUGAUGGCCAGUCCAUUGGGUGGGAGGGAGGGGUGGGAUGGGGAGGGGAGGGGGGAUGACCAUGCCCUAAUGUCCUGGGCAUUUGAAGUAGGAUGGUCAGUGUUGCAGAGACUUUUGGAAAUGUUUAGACAAACCUUACCUACCCUCAGGAUUGUUGGACUGUAGAACAGAGCCACUGAUAGUGAUGAAAUUAAACAAAAAAAAAAGGAUAGAAAACAAGCUAAUAUUCAGGGGAUCCACUGUAUAAUAAAGACCACCACAGGGAAUCGAAGAUGGGGUCUUGGUGAAUUUUUAUUUUUAUUUUUAUUUUGGUUUAUUUGUUUAUUUGUUUUUCGAGACAAAAAAGAGAAGAAAAGAUGAUCUUUUUUUCCAGUCACUUUCAGUCGUGUACUUUCUUUCUGGCCUGUAUCUCGUACCGAUAUCUCUCCAUCUAUCGACAGCACCCGCCCCCGCCUCCCCAGGUGUCGCCAUCUGCACAACUUUAACAUGUUUUUUCACCUGCCAUACCUCAGAUCACUCCUAAACAUUCAGAACACAUCACCUCAACAACCUCAACACAUAAAUGUACAUUGCCUUGCCGUACACUCAGGCCAAAGAUUACGGUUUAGUUUUGUGAUACUGUUGUCAUUGUUGAAUUUUGGGGUUUUAUUGAAGGUUUUUUGUUUAGGCUUUUUUUAGCCGUUGUUUGGAACAACAGGAGGAUCACAAUGCGUGAUCCCUUUUCGACACUUUUCUUUCUCUAAAUAUGAGCCUGCAGACAUAUCAUACCGCUUAAAGCACACAUACAUGCAUACAGUACAUACACAAUCAGAUCGAUGCGCACCCUCAGAAUUGUGAGACUCGUGUUGUGUUUUCAUUGCAUGGACAAGUGUAAGUAUGGACAGCUGUAUCCCUUUCGCUUUUGCAUACCUCAUUCCACUGAUGUUACCAUCAUAUACACGCAGACGUCCCCCCCUCCCUCAGUUUACAGUGUCACUUUAUAUUUGAGAUUAUGUGGAGUUUGACAAACUAAUUAACAUGCUGUACAGAAACAGAACUCUACUUCUUUUCUUUUUCUUUUUUUUUUCUUUUUGUUGUUUUUGUUUUGUUCGGUUUUGCUCAGAUUUUCUGCACAGUCCCCACAGAGUGGAGAGGAACACAUGCACUCAGCCUGACCAAGUUGCACAAUUUCAAAUAAUGUCAUGCUGUUUUGUUACCAAAUGAAAAUGUUUUACCUCUGAUCAUUAAGGCACAUUAUUGUCGUGAUAUUGUCACAUGACGUUUGUUUUUCUACAUCCAAAACUAAAGUGUUCUUGUUCUCCCUAUGCCUUUUUGUUUGUCCAUGUAAAAAGAUACUGCUGCAUAGACAUUUGCUGUUCAGGUUAUGUUAUGUUUUAGCCCUCUUACACCUACCCUCAACUCGCUCUUCAAAAAUGCCUCACAAAUCUAAAGGGUCUUCCUCUUGAUACCCUGUGUCUUCGAUUACAGUUGGACACACAGCUAUGUGAAAGGUUUGCCUUUUGAUUUUUUUUUCCCUUAAUGAGUCCAGUUCAGUCAUGCUAGAGCCAGGAGGAGGAGAGGGAGACACCAGAGGAUCUCCGCGCAUAGAAGUGGCCUUCUCGCAGCAGCACCGCCAGUUAAAAGGGAGGAAGAGUUCAGGCUCUUGUUAAUUUAAGAAUGUAGUAUUUUCCCUGUUUGAAGUAGUGAAAGCUGGUCCAUGCAAUACUUUUUAAUCGUCCUUACCAAUCUCACACAAGCCUUUUUUUUUCCCUCUGCGUACUUGAUAUGAAAAAAAAAUCUGAAUCAGACUGAAGUGCCUCCUUGUUAGCAUGAGCUCUCAGACAAUGCCCACACAAAUAUCAGCACUUUGUUUAUUCUCUGACUGUCAUGCUCUGUUUGCUUCGCUGGGGGAACGUGUCAACACCAAUACACACAAACUCACAUGGUUUGUUGGAAGUGAAGGGAAGGAGGAGCAAAAGGAUGGAGAAGAGUGAAUCAAUGAGGGAAUUUUCCUUCUUAAAUGUGAUAUACAGCAAAGUGCUGAGUGCAUGUGAAAGCCAAACCCACUGUGUCCUUCAAGUCCCAAUAAACUCUGUAUUAUAGUUUGAGUACUCUA